AGAGCUAUCUUUAACUUGCCAGUACUACUUUGAUUCCAGAGAACUAUCCACUCUCUAGAGCUUAAACGCUCCAUAAAGAAACUAAACACUCCCACGCCUCACCACAGCAAUGUCGUUUCCGGAAGAUCCGGCACCCGGGAAACCAUUUACCCUCGAAGACCACAUCAUCGACAUACUAGUCAAGAUCGAUGGACAUCCCGCUAUGGAGCUUUCCGCAACCACCGUAUCGCACGGCUGUGAACACUGCGGCCAGAUAUGGGGUGGCAAUCUUGGCAACGGCUACGAAGGAGGCAUGGCGUCGCUCCACUUCGGAAGUCCCCCAGGUCACGUCGAAUAUCCCGACAGCCAAGCUCCAAAGUUUCUUGGCUUGUUCGUGGAAUCGGAAGUCAACCAGGGUCUUCGCAUGACGUUCGAGAAGCGUGAACACCCCUGUAAGAGAUGCGGAGAAGAUCUGGAGCGUAAGGCUCCGCAUUCAAGCCUCGGAACUAUAUCCAUACAGACGAAGAAUAUCGGCUCCGCGAUGACUCCGACAGCGCAGUCGCCGUUCCGGAAGAGGGAUGUGAGGAAGUCACCGCCGCCGUGCGAGAAGGAUUGCUUGAUCACGAUGACAAAGGAUCUCGAGGAGAUAGAGAUUGAGAUGAACAAGCAUAAGAAGAAUGUCAGAUACUACGAGGCCAAGCUUGAGAGGCUGCCGGAGGGCCAGCGCGGUCCGGAAUCGGCAGUGUGGUUCUAUCUUAGCAAGGCGCGCGAUGAUUCGAAGAAGUGGCUUGAGGAUAAUGAGGGAGUUGUGAAAGGUUUGCAUGAUAAGCUGAUUGCUUUACGGCACGGGGAAUUUGAAGAGUAUUGA